GGGGGAUGAAUUUUGAGGGCCACCUAAUAACCACGUUUUACGUGGUAUUCCCUCAUUGGCUCACUCACCUCAAUCAACAAAGUGGUCCCGCGUUUUUACACGUGGCUCACCUAUGAAGCUCGUGGGUGUAAUUUUUUUGGUGACAUGGAAAAUAAAAAAGUUGUUGCUUUUUUAGUCCCCUUUUUUCCAAACAAUUUUUUCACUGUUUUAUUUUUCAGAUGAAGAAGAACUGAAGUACAACUCCUAGAACCUAAGAGCUAGUUAGUCUCAAUCCCACAAUUUUUUUUUUCUCUUUCUCUCACUAGCUCUCCAAGAUUGAUCCUUUCUCUCUCCACAAAUGAGGGGCGGUUUUGGCCGCUCCAUCCACCUUUGCCAGCCUUAAAUGACUCCUCCGCCACCCUGUGCCGCCGCCGCCGCCGUCGUCCCUACCAUCAUCCUAGCCCUUUUGCUUCUGUUGACCGGUACACCGUCAGUCAACGCAUUCGGAGGGUCCUCCACCACUUUAGCUAUCAGCUACGGCCAGUUCACCACCAUUUGCAGUUUGGUGGCCGAUGAAUCGACCCAGCAGAUUCAAUGCUGGAGAAACGGUCAAGUUUUCUCCUCCAUUUACGGAACGAGCGUCUCCUUUGACUCCGUCGCCGGCGGUCAGGACACCAUCUGUGCUAUCCGCUCCGGCGGCUACAGCCUUCUGUGUUGGACUACACCCAACUUCACACCCAAAAGGCUCUACCUUGCGAACUCAACAACUCUAUUAGAAAGUGUUACCGUAGGGGAUUCUCAAAUUUGCGCCUUGGGAAACGACACCCAUAAUGUCAGUUGUUGGCGGGGGGAAUCUUAUCCCGUCAAUUCAACAUUCAAGUCAAUUUCAUCUGGGUUGGGAUUUUCUUGCGGUGUUUUGGAAGAUGGUGGCAGAAUUGUUUGUUGGAGUAGCAACCAAAAUACUAGAAAUGUUGCAUCCGAUAUUCAAUUUCAGUUUGCGAAUCUGUCAAUGGCUAACAUAUUUGUUGGGGGAAGACAUGUUUGUGGAGUCAACACAAGUGGAAUUGUGAUUUGCAGGGGACAAAAUAACAGUGGUCAAUUAGAUGUUCCAUCCAAUCUUCCUUUCGAAUACAGCGCCCUUGCUCUCGGCGCAAAUCAUACUUGUGGAAUUCGGAGAGUAAAUAACACGGUGGUUUGUUGGGGUGGCAAUGGUGAAUAUUCCAGUAACGUCACCGAGUUUCUUUCAUUCGAAUCUAUUGUUGCUGGAUUGGAUUUCACAUGUGGGUUGGUUACGAGCAAUUUUUCAGUGAUUUGUUGGGGUCCAGGGUGGCCGAGUAAUUUGUUUCCGGCGGCCACAGGGCUCCCUUUGCGGAGGACUCUUCCGGGGCCAUGUAUUCAAGGUGUUUGUCGUUGUGGUACUUAUCCUCAAUCCCAAACCUUAUGUUCUGGUGAUGGUAACAUUUGUAGGCCUUGUGAUAUAUUCUCCCAACCGGUUCCGCCACCGUUACAGCCACCGAUUUCGCCGCCUCCUCCGGUGGAUUCCUCGCCGCCGUCCUCCCCGUCAACAGGGCUUAGGAGGGGUUUACUUGCCUUUGCCAUAGUCGGCUCAGUGGGAGGUUUUGCAGGAAUUUGCUCUGUUAUUUACUGUUUGUGGACAGGUGUUUGUUUUGGGAAAAAGAAAAUUCAUAAUUCUGUUCAACCAACCAUCAACAACAACAACAAUAAUGUGCCUCCACUAUCUAACAGUAAUCCACCUUCAAGAUCAUCCACUUUAAGGAGACAAGGAUCUCGGCUCAUGAGGAGGCAGAGGAGUGGAACUUCAUCAACUAAGCAUCCAGACAGGGCUGAGGAAUUCCUGUUCCAAGACCUUGCUGCGGCAACCAAUAACUUUUCUCUGGAAAACAAGAUUGGUGCUGGCAGCUUUGGGGUUGUGUACAAAGGUAAAUUAAUAGACGGGCGUGAGGUCGCCAUUAAACGGAGCGAAUCGGGUCCGAGAACGAAGAAAUUUCAAGAGAAAGAGAGCGCCUUUGAAUCAGAACUGGCAUUCCUGUCACGCCUUCAUCACAAGCAUUUGGUGAGGCUGGUUGGAUAUUGUGAAGAACGUGAUGAGAGGCUUCUGGUUUACGAAUACAUGAAGAAUGGAGCUCUGUAUGAUCAUUUGCACGACAAGAACAACGUGGAGAAGAGCAGCAGCCUGGUGAAUUCGUGGAAAAUAAGGAUCAAGAUUUCAUUAGACGCCGCUCGCGGGAUUGAGUAUCUUCACAACUAUGCAGUUCCACCUAUAAUUCAUCGAGAUAUUAAGUCAUCUAACAUCUUGAUUGAUGGGAAUUGGGUUGCAAGAGUUUCGGAUUUCGGGUUAUCGUUAAUGGGUCCUGAGUCCGACCAAGAUUUUAGACCAACCAAGGCGGCGGGAACAGUAGGGUACAUUGAUCCGGAAUACUACGGUCUAAAUGUACUAACAGCAAAGAGUGAUGUUUACGGUUUAGGAGUGGUAUUAUUAGAGGUUUUGACUGGGAAAAGGGCCAUUUUCAAGUCGUCGGAAAACGACGGGGAGCCAAUGAGUGUAGUGGAUUACGCAGUACCGGCAAUCAUGACCGGAGAGUUGACCAGGAUAUUGGACCCGAGAGUAGGUCCGCCGGAGCUGAACGAGGCGGAGGCGGUGGAGCUGGUGGCGUACACCGCCAUGCACUGUGUGAAUUUGGAAGGCAAAGAUAGGCCAACCAUGACUGAUGUGGUUGCCAAUUUGGAACGAGCAUUGGCGCUGUGCGAUGAUAGUCACGGAAGCAUAUCCAGUGGUCCUAUUUCAGUUUCUGAUUGAUUUUUUCAAAUGUAACUCUAGAUCACAAUAUUUUUUUUUUCUCUCUAUUUAUUUUUUUUUUAAAUUUUUGGAUGAUUUAUAUUGUUGUUCAUAGUUUUGGGGCUGUUUUUAAAUUUGUGGGUUGUUUCUUAUGGAUUGUAUAGAGCGGGGAUUUUGUUUCUAACAUUAGACGGUUUAUGAAAGGUGACGAUCAAAUAGGAGAUAACAUUAUUCCAUUCUAAUUGAAGAACUAGUAUCUUAUAUUCAAGUCUGAG